AUGAAAACAUCAGCAGAUUCAUGGGCUGGUUUCAACCCAUCUGUGAGUGAAGCCAAUCAAGCCAGAUCCCAAGAACUCUGUGGCAACUGGGGAGAGGAAAACCGACAAGCCAUGAACUCGAUCCUCAAAUCCCCAACAUCUUCUCUUCACUCGGAGAGCAAAGGCAGCCACAUGAUGGCGAGAAAUGACAGCUGCUACCUAGUCAGACACACGCCUCAUCCCAGAAGAGUCUGCCACAUCAAAGGUUUGAACAACAUCCCAAUCUGCACUGUGAAUGAUGAUGAGAUCCCACUUAGAAUGCUGGCUAGCACUGGCCAGCUGAAUUACUUAGAGAGGAAUGAGACACCUUUAACUAAAUUCAGUGAUCCGCCCAGCUCCGUAGCCCUGGGGAGCCCCACCCGAGGGCUGUCACCAGUCCGGAAUAAAGUUCCCUCAAGACCUCAGUCUGAGCCAUGUAGAAAUAUCAACGAAUCCUUCAAAACUUCCUGCGACAACCCCUUAGUGAUAAAGAAGGAUGAAUUUAAAGCCAAAAAGCCACUACUGCCUUCAAGGAUGGGCUCUGCUGCUGGUUCCAGGUACUCAGAAGUGAUGAGCACCAAGACUGAUGGGAAUGAAAACACUGUGUGCAUACCAAACUAUCUGGAGCAGGAGAUAAAAAUCCUGGCAAAGCUCAGUGACAUUUUACAUACCGAUUCACUGGCAGAAGUUCUGCAGUGGCUGCUCCAUGCAAGUACCAAAGAAAAGGAGUGGGUGUCAGCUCUGGUUCAUUCUGAACUAUCUGAUAUUAACCUGUUGACCAGCCAUGGACGAUACACCCCAGCAGAACCAGCAGCAGAGCCCAAGAAGCCAUCCAUAGCUGCAACACCCACCACAACCAAAUCAAUGCAAAACCCACCUGCAAAACCAAAAGUGCUGAGCAGAGCUAGAGAAGGACAUCAGCCACCCAGAAUGUCAAGUCAAGGAUCCGAAGGCAAUAAGGCUGUGUCACAAGGGACUGAGACUGCAUUGUUUAUAAGAGGAAACAAGAUGAAAACACCUGUUACGGAAUAUUUCAGCAAACCAAAGACUCCUCUCAGGUCCAACACUCAGGACAGCAGAUCAACAAAACCAAUGUCAGCAAGGAGUGUGCAAGUGUACAGCCCUCAAAGGGCACUCUAUCCUUCAACACACCAAAGGUAG